AGAAAAUUUAUGGUUUCGUUGUGAGUUCCGUGAAAAAUAGCGUGUGGUCGGCACUGCUCUCAACCUCUGGAAAGCGUUCUACAGAGCUCAAACCUCACUGUGACAGUCAUGGAGCCUACGGAGGAAGUAGUUCAGUGUGUCGACUGUCUUCUUCUGGGGUGAGAACUUCGCGCAAGCUUUGUGUGCCUACCUCGCUUUGAUUCUUGGGUCCCUGCACCCUUUUCUUCUGUGCCUCCACGUGCUUUGCUUUUCUGCCCUACGCCUCCUGCUCUGCUUCUGGUGGUGGGCGUCCCUGUGCUUCUGCAAUAUCACCCAGAACUAUCUGGUACAACUCCUCUCACAAGGCGGGCCCGUCUGGUCUCGAUGCGCGAUCUGGUUCCCGAGGACAGCAGCGGAAGCAGUAGCAGCGACGACGAAGAGAGCAGCAGUAUGAUGAAGCACCACCAGCAGCAGCAGCAGCCCGACCACCAGGGCCCCUGCGAGAACUACAUGACGCACAACUGCGUCACCAUCAUCCCCGUCGAGUACCCGCGCUCUGACAGCUCGCCGCUCUCAGCUUGCACCCUGCGCGGUGGACCGGCGGCGGUGGGCGGUGGCGGAGACAAGCGGGGGGACUAUGCCACGCUGGACCACCGCCACGGCCACCAUCACCACCACCACAGCGCGCCGUCGCCGUACGCGGUGUCCGUGCCGGCGCUCACCUCCACCACGCGGCGCCAGCUGCCGACGCCGACGCACCACCACCACAGCCACCACAACCAGUACCACCAACACCCGGCCACCAGCGCCAGCCACCACCACUUGCACCAGCACCACAACCACGUUCGCCAGCAGCAGUGUUACCAGUUGCCCCCGCUCACCACGGUGGGCCACGGUCACGACGAUGCGCCAGGCUGGCGAAUCCUGCCCACGCCGACGGCCCGGGACCACCUGGUGCCCCCGCCGGCUCCGGCUCCGACCCCGAACUUGGCCCCGCCGAUGGCUCCGGCCCCCCAGCAGCGGCCGGUGACGCCGCCACCGGCACCGGUGCCUCCGCCAAAGCAAGAGAUGUGCGUGUACCUCAUGAACAAGGUGUGCCUCUGCGUCGAGGUCGGCAAUGUCCAGUUGGCGACGGCCCACGAGAUCAUCGACAUCAUCGCGGAGGACGACACCGAGAUCAACUUCCCUGCACAACUCAAGGACGUGUUUGCGCUGUGGAUGACCUCCCCAUUGCUCGAGCUGCAGCUGAAGCCAGAUCACAGACCGUACUUGAUCCGGGAGCGAUGGUCAGAGUACCUGAAAAAGUACACCUUUGCAACAAAGCAACAGCUUGACUCUGACGAACCAGUGCUGACGCUGCAGAGGAACGUCUUUCUUGAAAAAUCCAAAGAAAAGGAGGUCACUGACCUCAAGCUGCUGAAAAUGCUCUUUGCGGAAGCCAAGGGCAAUGUCCUUGACGGGAGGUACCCCUGUGAGACUGAAGACUGCAUGGUGCUGGGUGCUAUCCAGGCCCGGCUCGAACUUGGCCCGUACGACCCGCUCAAGCACACGCCGGAGUUUUUCAGGUCUCGUAUUCGAGACUUUCUCCCCGAGCAUGCCUGCCGCUCGCACUGGUUCCUGCUCGGCCUGGGCGCCAAGAAUGGCCCCGAGCGCCGUCUGUCCGAGCACUACAAGGCCAUCGCGAGCAAUGUCAAGGACAGCCGUCUGAUGCGAAAGUACCUGGAAUUCUGCUGGGCAUUCCCCUACUACGGGAGUGCCUUCUUCAGCGGUCAGGUGGAGAGGCCCGUGACCGGCAUAGCGGCCCUGAUGAACCACUACGACCUUCCCGUCCUCGUGGCCAUCAACCGUGAUGGUGUCCACGUCAUGGACCCAAGUCAGCCAGUGGUGCUGCUCAGCCUGCCAUACAAGCAGCUGUCGUGGGACUACGCCUGCCCCACGCAGCCCGACAACCCCGACUGCCUGCCCUGCCUGUUCCUGCAGUUCCAACUGCCGGGGCAGAACGAGACAUCUGUGCUUCAGGUCUUCUCGCGACAGGCUAUACUCAUGGAUGCCUUGAUUUCCACGAUUGUCGAUGAGCUGAAGAAGCGAGCUUCCUGGAUUGAAGCUGAUGUCGAGACCACUGCAGUAAAUUCCAGAGCAGAUGAUGAUAUCCAGGUGCCACUGACAGUGAAGAAACUCAGGCAGGAGCAAGGACUGUCGGGACGCUUGCGAAAGCUUUCCAUUGCAAAAUUCAACAGCAGUGGCGACUACCUCAAUUCCAAGGGUUCCCUCGAGUUCAGGAGGGACGACCGCCCGAGAUGAUUGGGGUUCGAAAGGGAACCACCUUGGUACUGAGGCAAUCCCGCUACCUGGAAGUGAUGUCCAUGCCCCGCACGCACAUGUGCUGCAGAGCGGGAUGAAUUAUAGUACUCCAAUGUGUCAAGCCGGGCGUGCCACCUUGCAGCUCACUUUUGCCUGAAACGGGCGUUGCCACUUCUCUGGAGGCAUGGCAUGUCGCUAGGCUUGCUAGCAAAGAAAGCUCUGAGCAUUGUGUGGCCUUUGGACAGUGUGAGCUUAUAACGACGCUGUGGAGCUGAAGUAUUCAAAUGUUGAAGGGAUUUGAUUAGCAGUACUUUAGUGCUUCCCUCUCAACGCAGCAUUCCAGGCACACAGCGAGUUUCCGUUCUUUCGGAAAGCCAGCGACUUAUUUACAUGUCUGCUUGAGAGAAGCCAGGGAUGUAGAUAGAUUACUUGAAAAGGUUCAGUACGGCUGCAAAAAUGGCUGCAGCAGUGGCUGCUGCCAAUGCUGCGAUUGAUCUAGCUCCUUGUUUGAGACAAACCAUACACAGUGCAGAAUGCACAAGAAGGUUGAACAUGGCCAUGAAAAUGGCUAGAAACAGCUAUGAAAAUGGGCAGGAAUGGCUCCUGCAAUGGCUACCGCCCACGGAAAGAAACCAUUGCUAGAUGCAUCUGUAAAUCGUUUUUUUGCUCAUUCUGUAGCAAGUUCGUGAGGCACAGCACGAAGUGCGAAUUGUAGAGUAGCGUUCCGCACGCACACAGUUAAUUGAGUAAGCUGCAGGAUGGCACGCCUGUUUGACCCAGAAUGCUGGCACUGAAGGAGCCGGACACAUUUAUCAAAGGAAGUGAUGUAUUCCGAAAAACCACCUGUUCAACCCCCCUUUCCCCAUCGCCACCCGAGGGCUUUUUGUGACGUCCUCACUUUUUCCAUUGUUACGCUGUCUUUCGUUUUUUAUACCGUGGCUCUGCUGAUAAACAGUGUCUGUGGGCCACAUCAGUAUUAGAUAGUAGUGUAUUUAGAUUUUUAUUUCGCUGCUGUUGCCAUGGUAACUACUCUUUUAUUGUAGCUGAGAGAGGAGGCACAGAUGUAGUUAAGACCGCUGCCAUGCUUCCUGCAUGCAGUGAAUUUUAUUUACAGCACAAUUGCCUGCUGUACAUCACUGCUUCAGAGGUGCUCUUGCAUGCAAUCAUGUACUGGCAACAAACUUGAAAUGGGUACAGAAGCUGCCCUGGUGUCAAAUCUUGUAAUGAUCUGUUUCAUUUUCCAAUCUCCUGUUCUGAUCACUUAUUGCACUGUCUGGCCGAACCAGGUGAUAACAGCGUUCAAGCCAGUGACAAAGAGCGAAGAGAAUGGAAGAUAAAAUGGGUGGUUGCGAAGUUCGGCCCCUGGUUCACAGCUUCUGCCAGAGAAGUUCCAGUGCCUCUCAUGUUUCAUGUCAAGAUGGAAUCAUCACUUUGAAAAUCAGCCGGUGCCUUGUGACAUUGGCAGAAAAGCAUCCGAGUAUAUGCUGAUGCAGAAAGGCCAUGGUGAUGCAGUUGGCACCUGUUAAGCCAUUCUCUUGGUCCAGGCAGUUAUGUCACAAUGCAAAAUGCCAAGCUGAAUUCUGAGGUUACAGUCCUGAUCGAUAACUUGCAGGAUUAUCACUAUGAGUUGACACUGCAAACUCAAAGCAGAUGGAAUGAAAAUAAUGGCACACCACUUCUUUCAACAGUAUUUUCACAUUGCCUACCUCUUGAGCAUGUAUAGUACAGGAUUUCCAUCAGUCCUGUGUGGCAUCGUGCACUGCGUCAAAGUAUACCCGAAAACGAUCAGAAAUACAGCUUCUUUGUUUCUAAAUAUGUUACUUACCUUGUCUCCCGUGCGUGUGCCAAUAUAGCCAGCUACCAAAAUCGAAAAAUAUAAAAAGAAAAACAUGCUAGAAGUGUCAUGAUUGGGUCGCUGUUAUAAAUUGAGACGAAGCUCAUGUCUCCUUUGAACCUUAGUUCAGGAGCUGAAGGAAAAUAACGGUUGGAAUGAACUAGUACUUGCAUACACCGAUUUAGGGUAUUUGAAUGCAUUACGUUACAUUCGUAGUAAUGUCCGGUUUUUCUACAUUACGAAGUGGGUCUUGUAUAGAUAUUCAUGCAAAUGUUGUAGCAUCUUGCACUCGGGAGUGACCAGCCUAGGCUACAAGAGUUCCACUGGCAAGUGCUCUGUGCUUGCUCUUUUCAUCCUCACCGUGGCUCUGACUUAUGAUCCGAUCGAGUUCUAGCAGCUGUCAUUUAUGUCGUGUGGUGUAUAAAAAGUAUAAGCAGUUCAAGAGGAUGUUGUUAAACGGCAGCUUUUCUUUAAACCAUAUCAGUAAAGGUCUCUCCACAUGUCAUGUCUUCAGUUCGCAUAGAAACAUGUAAUUCUGAACAAGCAAAAGGCACCACACUUCAAAACAGAAACUGGUCUUGGCAGCUUGAAUGUGCCCUUCUUUGUGGUGUCAUUGGCGAGCUAUGUUUUGACAUGCAUGCCACAGGAACGAGAAUGUCAGUGGCAACCGUGACAAACUGUUUGACUCCGACGAGUUGGAAACAUUGUCAGCUCAUGCAACUCUUCAAAAAGUAACCCAAGACUGUUUUGUGCAGGUUGCAGUAUUGCUGUCAAAACAUUUUUAUGCAGCGGGUCAAUGAACACAAGUUGCUCUCAACAAUAAGAGCGCACACUUUGUUUAACCCCUUCUGGUCCGCAUUUUCUUUUAAUGAAGUGAAAAUUUUCUAUCACAUGCUUCCGAACAGCUAAACUUGAAGGAAAAUAAAGGAAAAAUUCCCACUGAAGUUUUUGGCAAUGACUUGAAGGUUUUUUUUUUUCAUAAACUUACAAAAGCUCACUCUGUUGUAAGCAGCACAUGGUUCUUCAGACUUACUAAUUCACAAUCAUAAUCGUGCAAAAUAUGGCCAGAUUACUUCAAAGCCACUUUUUGUGCCUCCCUAAGGCAGGUUAUAUGGAUUAGGCAACAGGCUCCAAAAAUAAAAUGCAGGGGCCAAACCUUAGUGUGAUGCAUCGUCGCAUGGACAUUUGCGAGAUUUCAGGGAGAGCAAUAUUUUAGCUUCGGCACAAGGUCAACAAAUCAUGUAAUUAGCAUUGCUGACACUCAUGUUUCUGAAAAUAGAAAAAAAGCACCGCAAGGGACUCCACUGUUGCUGCUACUCCCAAGCUGAAGUCGCAUGAAUAGUUUCUUACGAUUACCUAGACGGAAAACUGCCACUGUAGCACUAAAAACAUUUUUUUAUGAGGACUUGUGAAUAAAUGUACAAAGAUAUCAAAUAAAAACUUUGUACCAACUCGACGCUUAAGUUGGGUGAAGGAAAAGGUCUGCGCUUGCAAUUUCAGCUGUACUUGUUUUUCCUCACUUGCUUACGCACUGUAUGCGAGUAAACUUCAUUGGAAAAUGUAGUAUACGUGAAUGAAAACUUUUUCUGAAGUGUAGAAGCGUAUGCCUUUAUGAAGGUUUCUGAAAUAUAUGUGUUCCUAAGCUGUUAAACAGCUCUGAUGUCUUCACACACAUGCAGAGGUGUCCUGGAAUACCGUGGCUCAUGGGUGAAUAGUCCGUGCACAGAUUUGGUUGCAGCACAAAUGUUUCUGAAGGCUGCAGCGAGAGAUAUUGCUUGAAACAAAUAUUUCAAGUCCUUUAUUGUGCGCUUCUGCGUUUAACCGUGGCCAGUUCACUUACGAUGCUGUUAACAUAGCCUAAUAGUUUAUUAUCAUAGAAACAAGAGAAUAACUUUUUUUUGCUACACGGAACAAAUGUCAAUGAUACACAGUGUCGAGCAUGUGCGGAGAAGUUCUGAAGCAUUGUUUACUACCUGCACCAUGUCCACACUCACGCACAUUUUUCACAUGGUCAAUGUUGAUGUUUGUACGCGUUUAUUCUCUUCCCACCUUCAUAGACAAGACAAUACAAUGUACAGGAGAAAGAAGACAGUUUGUGUACGCUGUCGAAAUCGUUCUUUGAGCAACAAGUAAAAUGGUCGUUAAAAAAAAUGUGCGGCCACUGAUGCGGUGACACAGCUGUGUUCAUGCAAGGAAUGUCAAAUAUGUACAGACUUUUGUGACCGUCAUUGAAAUAAAGACACGGUGAAAUAUGCCAAAGAAUAA